AACACCCCUGUUUUCCAGCCCCUGAGAAGCGAAGGGAGGAGGUGGGGUGGAAGCCGAGGCCCAGGCAGAGCAAGAGCUGAUCCAGCCUGACUAAGACCUGGAACAAGGCGCCAGUCCUGUGAGGAUCGAAGAGCGCACUAGCGUGGAUGGAAGAGGCCCAGGCCUGACAAAGCUAGCCUGACCAUCCUGGCGCAGGGCCUACGGGGUGAGCCGAAGUCGCCCAGGACCUUAUCUCAAGGGCCAGGCCAGGGCCCUAGGCUUUGGCACGGAAAUCAGGCCCAGCUCGGCCCUUCGGAACCACACCCCGACACUCCGGCAAGCCAAGCCUUCACUGGGGCCAUAGGCCAGUGAGGAGCCCGCGCCCGGGCCUCCCGUCGGGGCUGGACUGGGAGGAGGCCCCGGGGAGGCCCCUGGCCCCCUGCUUACCAACUCUCAGGCCGCCGCCCGCCGGGAAGAUGCAGCGCGCCCUUCCGGGUGCCCGCCAGCAUUUGGGGGCGGUUCUGGCCAGCGCCAGCGUGGUGGUGAAGGCGCUAUGUGCGGCGGUACUGUUCUUCUAUUUGCUUUCCUUUGCUGUGGACACGAGCUGCCUGGCCGUCACCCCAGGCUACCUCUUUCCACCCAACUUCUGGAUCUGGACCCUGGUCACCCAUGGACUGAUGGAGCAGCACGUAUGGGACGUGGCCAUCAGCCUGGCCACAGUGGUGGUGGCAGGGCGUUUGCUGGAGCCCCUCUGGGGAGCCUUGGAGCUGCUCAUUUUCUUCUCGGUGGUGAAUGUAUCUGUGGGGCUCUUGGGGGCCUUCGCCUACCUCCUCACGUACAUGGCUUCUUUCAACUUGGUCUACCUGUUCACUAUUCGUAUUCAUGGUGCCCUGGGGUUCCUAGCUGGUGUCUUGGUGGCACUCAAGCAAACUAUGGGAGACUGUGUGGUCCUGCGAGUGCCUCAGGUGCGCAUCAGCGUAGUGCCCAUGCUGCUACUGGCACUGCUGCUACUGCUGCGGCUGGCCACACUGCUCCAGAGCCCGGCACUGGCUUCUUACGGUUUUGGGCUGCUCUCCAGUUGGGUUUAUCUUCGCUUCUACCAGCGCCACAGCCGAGGCCGAGGGGACAUGGCUGACCACUUUGCUUUUGCCACGUUCUUCCCUGAGAUCCUGCAGCCAGUGGUGGGGCUGCUGGCAAACUUAGUGCAUGGCCUACUGGUGAAGGUAAAGAUAUGCCAGAAGACAGUAAAGCGCUAUGACGUAGGAGCCCCAUCUUCCAUCACCAUCAGCCUCCCAGGCACAGACCCUCAAGAUGCUGAGCGAAGAAGGCAACUGGCCCUGAAGGCCUUGAAUGAACGGUUGAAGAGAGUGGAGGACCAGUCUGUCUGGCCCAGCAUGGAUGAUGACGAAGAGGAGGCUGGGGCCAAGGUGGAUAGCCCCCUGCCCUCAGAGAAAUCUCCUACACCUCCAGGGAAGGAGGCUGCCCCAGAAUCCAGUCUCAUCACCUUUGAAGCAGCUCCCCCAAAGCUGUAACUCGACCACCUUGAGUAUAGCACUUCUUCUCCCAAGCCCCUUUGAUGCCUCUCAGCUACUCCAGGGCAUGACUACUCUGAGGAGAGGCAACAAGGCCUUCUGGGGCUUUCAGGGCCUUCUGUUACGUUUCGCCAACACUACCAAGGACCUUGCUACCUGGUUCCAAUUCCAGAUAACCAUUUGGUCAGGCCUGGAGCCUCUGAGGCAUCAGCCAGUCCAGGGCCCCAUCUGAGGUAAGAGUGUACCUCAGCAGGCAGCCCCAAGCAAGUGGCUGCAGGGACACUGGUGCCAUAGCUCCUGGACCAGCCCUCGCAUCUGAAACUUGUUGCCAAGAACCCUGAGCCAAGGCAAGGAUUUACAUUUGCCAAAAAUGUUGUGGAGGCCCAGCCAGUGCAGGAGUAGUGCGAAGCUGCACAUCCCUGCUCACUCCGGGAAAGACUGAAUCUGUCAGGAUUUGUUUCCCUCUGCUGCGGCCGUGACUGCUUCUGGGCCAGAAGAGCCACAGUUCCCAGGUAUUUUCUACAGGACCACUUGAGCGGGCAGCCCAGCCCAGCCUUGGAGUAUCAAUAAAGCAUUUCUUUGAGGUAUGA